UUUCUCACACGAGCCAUAUCUGUGGGAGGCUCUACAGCAUUCUCCUUCCUGAACUACAGCAUAAAUACUCUGUGUGUGUGUGUGUGUGUUUGUGAAUCUGAACCUCACCGGGACGAGAAUCCACCACCAAGAUGAGUCAAGUACCAGCUGUGAAUGUAUUAACGUCUAGUAUGGAGGAGGCAGCUAAGAUGAAGAACGAAGACAAGCUUUAUAAGCGAGAGGGAAUCCUGUACUCCACGAUCCUCAGCCCUCCAGAGACCCUGGACAAGUUAAAAGAGCUGGAGGCCAGAGAGGAUGACCUUAUCCUGGUGGCAUACCCUGAAUGUGGUUUUAACUGGAUGCUGUCAGUCUUGCGUAAAAUCUUGAAUGCUUCCACUGGGAAAAAUGAGAUACAGAGAAACAAGAGAUACAAAAAUGAGAUACAUUCACUGUUAGAGAACAUAUGUUCAGUUUUGAUUCUGGUGGUGUUCAGAAACCCGAAAGACACACUCAUCUCUUACUAUCAUUUCAUGAACAAAAACCCGGUUCUGCCCAACGCUGGGCCGUGGGACAAGUUCUUCUCAGACUUCAUGGCUGGUGAAGUUGCCUGGGGCUCUUAUUUUGAUCACGCUCUCGCCUGGGAGAAACGUCUAGACGACCCAAACGUGAUGAUCGUGACAUAUGAGGAACUAAAACAGGGCCUUCAUGAUGACUUUUUAAGCAUCUCAGGGUUCUUCAACCUUCCUCUGACCGAUGAGCAGGUCAGCAGCAUCGCUGGAGAAAGUACGUUCAGAGCCAUGCUGGAAAACUCCCAGAAGUCUCAUGGCAAUAUUGGCAGCAUCUUCUUCAGGAAAGGUGAGGUGGGCAACUGGAAGAAUCAUUUUUCUGAUGCCCAGAGCAAACAGAUGGAUGAGCUUUUCAAAGCCAAACUAGCUGGAACAAAUCUCAGAGCCAGACUGAAGUAUGACCUUUACUGCCAAUAAAUGUGACGACAAAACGAGAGCCAGCGGACAGAGAAACGGUUUACUUCACAGGGAUGAACUGUCAUUCACGCGGGCAGCUGUUUAAUCGUAUUUAUGUUUUGCUGCACUCCAUUACUUACAAUAAGAACAAAAACCUCACUAUCAUUAAACCUCAUUCUGUGUAUAUGAUAACAUUGAACAUUUUUGCAAGAUGUAAUAUUGGUCUUGGGUGUCCCUAGAAUGUGUCUGUGAAGUUUCAGCCCAAAAUGCCCAACAGAUCAUUUAUUAUAACAGCUGUAAAAUGUCAUUUUUAGGAUGUGUCCAAAUAAAAA